AUGUCAGGUGGACCACCACAUCAUCCACAUAACCGGCAAGUUCCGGGAGCAAAUCUUAAUGCUGCUUGGAAUCAUCGUUUGCAGAUUCCAAACUUCUUUCCAAGGCAGCCUCAGCUAGCACACAUGUCAAAUGAACAUUCCUUACUGCAUCAGCCAACUUGGCAUACCCCAACUACAGACAACCUUAAAAUUCAUCCUCCACCUCAUGUUCUCAGUGAAAUGUUUAAGAAUGAAUCAUUAUUCCCAAGAGACUGUGUCGAUCUGAGCCUAGCCAGAAAUGGCAACCAGAAUGGUGAAAUGCCUACUGCUCCAAUUAGUUUAAGUGUUAGAGACACUAAUAAAAUAAAUAGUCUGCCUCCUAGUGCUUUAGAAAUACAAGCUGUAGAAUUAACAAAGAGUACAAGUCCUGUUGGAAAGCCUGCGAGUCCAGCAAUAAGGUCUACAAGCCCUGGGUUAAAAUCGUCAAGUCCUGGGUUAAAAUCAUCAAGUCCUGGGUUAAAAUCAUCAAGUCCUGGGUUAAAAUCGUCAAGUCCAGGUCUUCAUAAAUCUAAUAGCCCUGGUCUUUUGUCUGCAAUUUCUACCACAUCAAGUAUCUUCUCUCCUAGCUCUAGCUUACUUGUGACUAGUAGAUCUAUUAAUCAGAAUAUAGUGUCUAACACUGGAUUUAAGUCAGGCAGUCCUAUACCUAAAUCAGCAAGUCCCAUUUUGAAACCUGCAAGUCCCAGUUUAAAAUCGUCUCUAGGCAUUCAAGGUUUACCAUCUUCCACUACUGUAGAUAUUGUCAAAACUCAGCAGAAAAGAUCCAAUGUAAGGGUAGAUUCUAUAUUAGAAAGGCUCAAUCCUCAAUCAGCACCAGAUAAGUUAGUUAUAAUUCAAGAAAACCGAAUGGAGGAAAAAAUAUCAAAACCUGUGGAAGAAAAAGUUGAACCAGUUGCCCACACGGGCGUAAUUGUUCAGCCGACUAGUACUUUUGAUGACAAUAGCAAUUCAAGUAGUAUUCUCAAUGCGCCUAAUCUCAAAGAUGAUGAUACUGUAUCAACUAACAGCAAUGAGGAUAGUUUGGAUAGUACAAAAUCUAGAAGGAAGCGCAAACCGAGCAAAACCAUUAGGGUAUCCAAGGAUGAUGAGAAAAUGGAAGACCCAGCAGCUUCCAUUGAUACUGUAGACGCGCCUAUUAAAGACAAGACCCCCGAGCCUGUAAUUGAGAAGGAUCCGAUUAGCAUAAUGGGUGAAAUGCUGGAGGAUAGUAAGAAUCCUGACAAAGAAGAAUCAGUUAAUGACUUGGAGGAAUUGAUACCAGCUAAAGCUAGACGUAAAACUUCCUCAGAAUCUGAGACCAUAGAUGAUAUUGCAGCUAUGGUUCAAGAAGGACUAAAAGAAAAAGAACAAAAACAAAAAACUAUGGUACAGAGUAAAGAGGAACUUAUUAAUGAUAACCAAACCAAACCGGUAUCUGUCAGCGUGAUAAAAACUAAAGAAAAUCUUACUGAGCUGUUAUCAGAUAAUAUUGUUGCACCUACAGUUCCUAUAGUAACCCCUGCUGCUAAAAAGGAGAGUACACAUUUCGUGGAGGUGGAAAAUAAACUGGAAGAAAUGUUUGCUGGUAUACAAGACUCGAGUGAGCCGAUUAAAACUUACUCUUUGGAUCUUGACGACUCCAAAAAUGAAGAUUCUCUUUUAAAACUCGACGAUUCCAUCAUCCCAAUUACGGACGACAAAGAGAUCAAAGAAAUUGCUCCGAAAAUAGAGGACAGUUCGAAUACGGACAUGCCGAAACCUGAACAGCCUACGAAAAUUAUUGGGGACAGUAUUGAAGAUAAGAAACCCAUUCCAAAGAAAACGAAACGCAAAGCUAUAAGUUCUGGGCAAAAUUCUACCGAAUCUACGCCAAAAAAGAAGAAAAUUAGUAAAGUGCUAAACGUUGUUAAGACUCCAACAAAAGGAAGUGCCAAAAAGGUAUUAAAGCAGAAACCAGCAAGCAGGAUUGACAUAGUGAAAGAUGUGUAUGCCUAUGAUUCUGGAAGUAACACGAGUUCUACAAAAUCUAGAGGGCCUUUUAUUCAAAUCAAGGGACCUAGAGACUCGCCUUUGUCUGUCAAUGUAAUUAAUAGUUCUAUAAAUGAUGAAGAUGGAGAAAGGAGGUUGCCGAAAUCGAAGAAAUUUCACGACGACAUCGAAUAUCGGCAUAAGGUUCGUUCGAAGGGGCUGCAUUCUAGCACACUGAGUCAUAAAUAUGACGCUCAAACCAAGGACGCUUCGUGGAUAUGCGCGUUCUGCAAAAGGGGGCCGCACGCCAGCGAAUUGUCGGGUCCUACUCAUGAUAGAAGCGUCAUACCGCCUGGAGACCUGUUUGGUCCUUACUUCAUCACAACCCAGUGUCCUGAGUUCGAGAGGCGCCUCGACGAUCCCUAUGACAGGCAGUUUAAAAGUAAAAAGAUUACGAAAGCUAUGGACGCAGAAAUUGCAGCGGCGUCGACGGCCAAAAGCAAAAAAUCUAAACGAAAACAUUCUGACAGCGAUUGUACUUCCGAAAACGAUCUAGACGUCUACUUAGGCAUCACGGACACAGGUAACAAGACCUACGAAAUUUGGGCGCACGAAGACUGCAUCGUUUGGUCGCCGGGAACUUAUCUCAUCGGUCCCAAAAUCGUGGGGCUCGAAGAAGCCGUUUGGACUUGUUGUAACGUAUCGUGUAAGUCAUGCCACCUGAAGGGCGCGAAUAUUUCGUGUUUGAGACGAGGGUGUUUGAACGUUAUGCACAUUUGUUGCGCCAGAUCUAAUAACUGGCAAUUUUUAGACAGCAAUUUCAAGGCGUAUUGUCCAGAGCAUCUGGUUCCGUGA